CUUCAUAGAGCCGUCCCAUAUGCUGUCAUCAUACUCGCCAAUUUAUUGAAACGAACGAGUUAGUCUUCUCCCAUUCCUCGGCAAGAUUUCCCAGCGCCCUCUUGGUAUUCACGCAUUCCAACCAAGCCACACGAUAUUUGACCACUUAGAUCAAAGGCAAGGCAGUCGACGGGAAGAGACGCGACGGACAAGAGCUGGCGUCUAUUUUCAAAUUUUCUUGAGGCGAUUGUUCCUCGGUCUUGUCAAACUGAACAUUAGGCAAUGACAUUCAAGGUGUCGCGCUCUCAGCGCUUGAGCGCAGUGAUCGUAAUUGCCUCUCUUUUUUUCAUUAGCGAGAUUGCAGUUGGAUUCUAUACGCAUUCACUUGCUUUGGUUGCUGAUGCGUUUCAUUAUCUAAGUGAUUUGGUCGGCUUCGUAGUCGCCUUGGUGGCUGUCAGGGUGUCGGAAAGUGGAGAAUCGCCGGAUUCCCUUUCUUUCGGAUGGCAGAGGGCCCAGCUUUUGGGCGCCUUCUUCAACGGUGUUCUCCUCCUGGGGCUUGGGAUCAGCAUAUUUUUGCAAUCCAUCGAGCGCUUUGUCACACUCAGUCGGGUGGAGAAUCCAAAGCUCAUGCUUAUAAUGGGGUGCAUUGGAUUGGGGUUAAACAUUCUCAGUGUGACAUUCCUGCACGAACAUCACCACCAUGGUCAUGAUCAUGGCCACAGUCAUAGCCAUAAGCAUGUAUCCGCGCCGGAAGACCCGAUCACUGCUGCUGAAAGCGGAUGCGGUGGGGAAACGAAGAUGUGCGAGCAACAUGACCACGAACAUCAAAACCAUGCCACAAGACCAGCUUCCGGCGGACAUGACCUGGCAAUGAUGGGGGUUUUGCUCCAUGUUAUCGGAGACGCAGCCAAUAACUUGGGAGUUAUAAUCGCGGCAUUGGUUAUUUGGCUGGCUCGUUAUGAGGGGCGGUACUAUGCCGACCCCGGCACAAGCAUGGGCAUUGCAAUAAUGAUUAUACUAUCAUCAUUCCCUCUGGGUAGGUUCAUAUGCCAGCCUGCUGUGACUGUGACUGAGAAUAUGAAAAGUGCGACGAUCCGGUCUGAUCUUGCUGGAGAGCUCACCCGAGGGGAUCGACCCACGGGAAGUGAAACGAACCCUGGAAAAGAUUCCGGGCGUUCUCUCGACUCAUGACCUCCACAUUUGGCAGUUGAACCAGCAGAAAACGCUGGCAUCUGUACAUAUCGUCGUCUCCGAGUCCUCGAUGGGCCAAUUCCAGGAGAUGACCAAGGUCAUCAGAAAAUGUUUCCACAUGUAUGGAGUUCAUUCAGUGACUCUUCAGCCAGAGAUUGCUCCGGUGAUUGAGCUCAAAAACAAGGAAGAGAUGACUGGGGGAGCAAUAUGCCAGGAGAAGUGCCAGAUGAUGUGUGGAACGACGUGUGAAGAGUUGAUGUGCUGUGGGCCGGAUUAAGGGAUCUGGAGCAGGAAUAGAGAGAAA